AUGACUCUGAACUACCAUCGAUCCAUAGCGACCUCAAAACCAUGGACAUUUCUGAAGCUGCUGUUCGUGUGGAAGGCAAGCAUAUGGAAAGCGGUGUACUUGGAAUUGCUCUCCUUCCUAAUCGUUUACGGUAUUAUUUCCGCUGUCUACCGAGCCGCUCUUAGCUCUUCACAGCAGAACGUUGCAUUGAUGACAGCCUUAUAUCUCCGAGGAAAUGAUGAACAAGCGAGGAUCUACCGAAGAAGUAUUGUUCGUUACUGUGAGCUAAUACAGGUACUUGUGUUCCGUGACAUCAGCAUGCGAGUACGACGCAGAUUUCCAACGUUGGACACUGUUGUUGCUGCAGGUUUUAUGAUGCCUCACGAAAAGGAACUUUUCGAGUCAUACAACGACAAGUUAAGCAGUAGCAGUUCAAAAUACUGGAUUCCAGCCAACUGGGCAUUUGCAAUAACACAGCAGGCAUGGGAAGAAGGCAAUAUUGAGAGCCCUUACUAUAGAGUCGUACUUCAGGAGGAAAUCAAGCAAUUUCGCACUAAGUUGGCGUGGGUGUUCAAUUACGACUGGGUACCUCUUCCUCUCAUAUAUCCUCAGGUCAUUUGUUUGGUUGUUCACUUCUAUUUUAUUGUAUGUUUAUUGUCACGUCAAACCAUUAUUUCGGAUCACGUGAUGAAAGGCGAGAUAGACACCUAUUCCCCAGUUAUGACUUCACUACAAUUCGUAUUCUACAUGGGAUGGUUGAAAGUAAUAGAAGCUCUUCUGAAUCCGUAUGGAGAAGAUGAUGACGACUUUGAGACAAAUUUUCUAAUCGAUAGAAAUAUAGCGGUGGGCAUGUCAAUUGUUGACCAGGGUUACGAUCGUCCUCCAGAGGUUCGCCGCGAUCCAUUCUGGGAAGAGAUACAGCCUCUCUAUUCCGAGGAAACAUCACGUACUCGCAACCAUCUACCGCGAGGAUCUGUCAGUCACAUAAGACUAGCGAGUUCUACCAAGGAAGUCAAAAUGAUGCCACACAAACAUGCCACAAGCGCGAAUACUUCACCAUUAUCGCCACCAACACGAAAAGUCACAAACGUCACAGUGAAAGAGGAAGAACGUGAUCCUUCAUCGGUGUUUCAGUGGCCGCAGUUCAUUGCUACCAAGUGA